AUGGAUUUCCCCCAGCACAGCAAGCAAGUCCUGGAACAGCUGAACCAGCAGCGGCAGCUGGGUUUGCUCUGCGACUGCACCUUCGUGGUGGACGGCAUCGACUUCAAGGCCCACAAAGCCGUGCUGGCGGCGUGCAGCGAAUAUUUCAGGAUGCUUUUCGUUGACCAGAAGGAUGUGGUGCACCUCGACAUCAGCAACGCGGCAGGCUUGGGCCAGGUUUUGGAGUUCAUGUACACGGCUAAACUAAGCCUAAACCCCGACAACGUGGAAGACGUGCUGGCUGUGGCGGGUUUCCUCCAGAUGCAGGAGAUUGUCAGCGCUUGCAACGCUCUCAAGUCCCUCGCCGUGCCGGCAGAAAGCCCCGUUGAGAGCCAUCGGCUCCCCGCCAAGAUGGGGGCCGAAAAGGCGACUGUGGAGGACAAGAGGUCAACUGCAGAAGCGCCGGGUGAUCCUGACAAAAUCAAACCAGUUCCUCCUGACCCGGAGGGGAAGGAAGAGACAUCCGCAGCCGCAGCAGCACAGCCCGAGGCGCAGCCGCAGCGGCUGGGUGGCCAAGAAGGAGUAGACGCUGCUGUCCAAGAGGGCCCCGCCACCGCGUUCCCCAUCCACCCGCAGCCGGCGGAGAGUGUGGUCGGCAGCGGCAGCCCCGCGGCGAAGGGCGACAUCUCUCCGGGCACUGAAACCGGAGAAAUGGAGCUGGAGGGGAAGGAGGAAGAGGGGGAGAUGACGGCAGAGGAUGAAGAGGAGGCUAAAAUCCCUGAGGAAGAACAGCCCCGGUUAGAAAAUGGAGAAAACGCUGAAGAUAACGAAUCGGGAAGCACCGACUCCGGGCAGGAGAACUCGGGUGAAACCCGUCUGCUGCGUUCGGGUACUUACAGCGACAGGACCGAGUCGAAAGCCUACGGCUCCGUCACGCACAAGUGCGAGGACUGCGGCAAGGAGUUCACCCACACCGGUAACUUCAAGCGGCACAUCCGUAUCCACACCGGUGAGAAACCCUUCUCCUGCAGGGAGUGUAACAAAGCCUUCUCCGACCCGGCUGCCUGCAAAGCCCACGAGAAGACGCACAGCUGCGAUGACUGCGGCAAGCUCUUCACCACCUCCGGCAACCUCAAACGGCACCAGCUGACCCACAGCGGGGAGAAACCGUACCAGUGCGACUACUGCGGGCGCUCCUUCUCCGAUCCCACCUCCAAAAUGCGGCACCUGGAGACCCACGACACCGACAAGGAGCACAAAUGUCCCCACUGCGACAAGAAAUUCAACCAGGUGGGGAACUUGAAGGCUCACUUGAAGAUUCACAUCGCGGACGGGCCCCUGAAGUGUCGGGGGGGGGGGCACAAGAGGAGCUGCCGGGGUUCUGGGAAAGAUGGAGGGAAGGUCCCGGCGUCCCUCUGUUUCCCCCACCCCGCACCGGCUGAGCCUUGUCUGCUUUUAGGCAACCUGAAACGGCACCUCCGCAUCCACAGCGGGGAAAAACCCUACGUCUGCGUCCACUGCCAGCGCCAAUUCGCCGAUCCCGGGGCGCUGCAGCGACACGUCCGCAUCCACACCGGAGAGAAGCCGUGCCAGUGCUUGAUCUGCGGGAAAGCCUUCACCCAAGCGAGUUCCCUCAUCGCCCACGUGCGCCAGCACACGGGGGAGAAACCCUACGUCUGCGAACGCUGCGGGAAGAGGUUCGUGCAAUCGAGCCAACUGGCCAACCACAUCCGCCACCACGAUAACAUCCGCCCCCACAAAUGCACCGUCUGCAACAAAGCCUUCGUCAACGUGGGCGAUCUCUCCAAACACAUCAUUAUCCACACCGGGGAGAAGCCGUUCCUGUGCGACAAGUGCGGCCGCGGCUUCAACCGGGUGGACAACCUGCGUUCUCACGUCAAGACUGUGCACCAAGGCAAGGCGGGCAUCAAAAUCCUCGAGCCGGAGGAAGGCGAUGAGGUCAACAUUGUCACGGUGGCUUCCGAUGACAUGGUGACGUUGGCCACCGAAGCGCUGGCUGCCACCGCUGUCACGCAGCUCACGGUGGUCCCCGUAGCGGCCGCGGUGACGGCCGACGAGAACGCAGCACUUAAAGGAGCGGAACCGCUGCCCCGCGACAGUUUGAUCGAGGCCGGUUAG